UUAUUAGUAGUGACUCCCUUUUUUCCUUAACAUUUUAUGUUCCAAUAUGCAUACAGCCUUUCAACACGUACAGGUUACAGAGGCUACGGAGCUGAGCAAGGAAGCAAGGAUCUAAGAGAAGCCAUAGCAGAGACAUUUUACAAAGACAUGGGUAUACAAGGUGCUGAAGUGUUUGUAUCCGAUGGUGCACAAUGUGAUAUUUCUCGCCUGCAGAUGCUCUUUGGAUCAAACAUGUCCAUCGCCGUUCAAGAUCCAAUUUUUCCGGCGUAUAUAGAUUCAAGCGUCAUCAUCGGGCAGACAGGCGAUGUUGAGCAAGGAUCAAGAAGGCAGACAAGCGUCUCUUUAUUUUAUAUAAAAAAUUAG